CUCUGUCAAAAAAGUCUCCCAUGGCAGCUCUCAUCAGUGUUCUUCCAUCUCCGACUAUCCUCGACAAGGUAGGGAUACUUCUGUGCUCCGACGCUCAACAACCAUUCCUUACAAUCGCCAACAUUGACCUCAACCGUGGUGAUAUUGUCGGUUACCUCCUGGAAGAACUUGGGUUACUCACAAAUCUUGCCUUGUUUCACAUCAAUCGAGCAAGUUUUGUGGCGCUGUGGCGAGAAAGUACAAGAGCCUCAUGCUAUUGUUCGAGUUUGAUCUCGAGGAUAAUCACCGAUGAGGCCCUCUUCGAAGCUACGUCCGGUUAUCGUCAACUUGAUCCAUUUUGGAGCAGUGGUCAAUGGCAAUCUAUA